GUUCAAACAAAAUAAGUACUCCUAUAGUAGUAUUCUUCAGACCAUGGCCAUCUCUAAGGUUCUAAUUGCUUCAAUCAUCGUGUCUCUCCUUGUUCUCCACCUAGUUGAAGCUGAUGAAUUAACGGCGAGCACCAACGUUUCCCAGAGUACCUAUGUUCCCCGAAGCGGUUGCACGGAAGCAUGUGCUCUCAGGUGUCGGUUAGCGUCGAGGGAGAAAAUGUGCAAGAGGGCAUGCGGGACCUGCUGCUACCGGUGCAGCUGCGUGCCGCCGGGGACUUCUGGCAACCAAGCGCUCUGUCCCUGCUAUUACAACAUGACUACCCAUGGCGGCAGGCGCAAGUGCCCUUAGAAACCUACUGUAAUUUAUAUAAUUGAACUCAGUUGAUUGUGAAAAUUAAUUAAUGACAGGUAAAAACAAAAUAAAGGGUGU